AUGGUACCCCGCAGCAGCAGCGGCAGUAGCCGUAGUAUGUUCCCAGGUGUUUUAGUAGCAGUCCUCGCCUUGAUUGCGUUGACACCGGCAAUAGAGGGCAGGUUUGCACGACGCUUUCCGUCCGACUUUCGCUUCGGGGUUGGGAGCAGCGCGUAUCAGAUCGAGGGUGGCUGGAACGCAAGCGGCAAGGGCGAAUCAAUCUGGGACCGGAUGACGCACCGUCAUCCGGAAAAGAUUGCCGACGGAAGCAAUGGGGACGUUAGCUCGGAUAGCUAUCACAAUUGGCGACGAGAUGUCCAGAUGGUACGGGAACUUGGGGUGGAUGUUUAUCGGUUUUCACUCUCCUGGACACGCAUCAUGCCGAACGGGUUCCUGAACAGUGUUAGCAAAGCCGGCAUCGGUUAUUAUAGCAAUCUAAUCGACGAGCUUCUAAAGUACAACAUCACACCUAUGGUGACGCUUUACCAUUGGGAUCUGCCGCAUCGUUUCCAGCAGUUGGGUGGUUGGAAUAAUGCUGAAAUGAUCGGUUUCUUCCUGGAGUUCGCGAAGGUAGCGUUCGAACAGUUUGGUGAUCGAGUAAAGAUCUGGACCACCAUCAACGAACCAUGGCAUGUCUGUGAGCAUGGGUAUGGAGUGGAUUUUAUGGCACCUGCUCUAGACUAUCCGGGCAUCGCUUCGUAUCUGUGUGGACAUAACCUACUGAAGGCACACGCCGAGACGGUUCACAUGUACCGUAGAAUCUUCCAACCGAAGCAGCAGGGCAAGAUUGGCAUCACGCUUGACACAUCCUGGCCCGAGCCGGCCACAAACAGUGAGGACGAUCGUAUGGCUUCGGAAAUUGCAGCCCAAUUCUAUCUGGGCUGGUUCGGACAUCCAAUCUUUUCCGCGACGGGCAACUACCCACAAAUUAUGAUCGAUCGGAUCGGAGCAAUGAGUCGGCAGCAGGGCUACACAAAAUCACGGCUACCAACCUUCACCAAGGAGGAGAUCGAACGGAUCAAGGGUACGUCCGACUUCUUCGGCAUUAAUUCGUACACGAGCAUACUGGUGCGCAAGAACGAUCGAAACAAUUCGGCCAACUUCCCAGUGCCGUCCUUCAACCAUGAUAUGGGCGUGGUAGAAUCUGCCGAUCCCGACUGGCCAAAGAGUGGUUCCGUUUGGUUGCAUGUUGUACCGUCCGGUAUGAACAAGCUGCUGAACUGGAUUCGACGCGAGUACAACAAUCCGCCGGUGUACAUUACGGAGAAUGGCGUGAGUGAUCUUGGUGGGACGAACGAUGUGAAGCGUAUCGACUACUUCAACUCGUACCUGGAGGCCGUACUGGACGCGUUGGAAGAUGGGUGCAACAUUCAGAUGUACAUUGCCUGGAGUCUGAUGGAUAGCUUCGAAUGGAAGGCGGGCUACACCGAGAAAUUUGGUCUGUACCACGUCGACUUUAGCAGCCCCAACCGGACACGAACACCGAAAGCGUCCGCGAAGGUGUACGGCAACAUCGUACGAACGCACCAGAUCGAUUGGAGCUUCCGGCCAACGCCGGAGGUGAUCAUAAUGCCACCAGCUCCGUACCAGUCGAGCAGCAAUCGGUUAAGCAUUACGGUACCGGUGGUAUGCCUCAUAGUGGCCACCCUUGGUGCGCUAGUCAAGGCUCUGUGCUGCUGACA